AUGGGCAAUCUACCAACCCCCCACCUGCUAGCUGUGCAAGUGACGGGUACCUUCUCGAACGGGUCCAGGUUCCACAAGACCGCCAUGGCUGGCGAUGGCGCGACUGUUACGAACGAUGCUUCGGGUGUUCGAGGCCAGUGGAAGGGUGCAGGGGCCAACUUCUCCAGCACACCCUUUGAGGGGCCGAAUUUAGUCUUCACUAUCAACAUGGACUCUCCAGCUAUCGGAGUCCACGGGACAUUUGUCCUGAAAGCAAUGGGGACCCCCCACUACCCCUGUGGGCCGACAUUCCAGUGGGCCAAUGCUGUCCCCGAUGCCAACCCAGUCGUUGACUUGACAAUCGACGGUGCUCCCGUAAAGAUCAACGAGGGUUGGGCCGACGUCAGCAUCGUCGAUGUCGCCAAGUUCUGGGACUGGGGUCAUGCGCGAUUCGGUCCGUACUCGAUGGUCUGGUUCAACCCCCUCGACAACGAUAAUAAGGAGCAUGGGCACGCCUACGCCCUCAGGGACGGCGAGGAGAUUCUCGAGUCAUGUGAAGAGGGGGUGAGCCAGGUUCGGCAGUGGGGCGCCAACGCGACGUGGCCAUCCGCCGUAGGCCUCGGCGACGUCGAUGGUGUUGUAGCCCGGUUCAAGCUACCGACGGGUGAGGUGCAGAUUGCCAAUCUGACCAAGCACAUCAUCGUGCUCGAUGAAGUGGCCAACCAGCGCGGCAACGUGCUCAUUUUGAGGAGUUCGCUUUUGGGAUUGCUUUCCCCAGUUCAUAGUUGCCGGUCUGUGAGGAGUAAGACGGCGAAUUGUGGGCGCACCGGAGCUGGAGCGCGUGAUUUUUGGGAGAUUUCAUAA